AUGGCCACUUUUAUCAGUGCUGUGACCUGCAUCAUCCUUCGAUGGUCCCACAACUGCCAUGACCAGAGCGGAUGGCUCGAUAUGAAGCUCGCCCGCAAGAUCAGCCGCGCUACCAUACUGAUGAGGGGGGUGGGUCGAUCGGUUGCCUCAUCUCACAUCGGCAAGAUGUCCCCACCUUCAUCGGGCAUCGUCAAGUCGGAUCCGCUCGUCGAAAAGAAGAGCAGCUUCUACUGUAUGAUGCUUCGUGAGCGGCGUCGGCGAAUCCGGCGGGCCAACAUGGACGCACGUAGAAAGGCGCAUGAAUUUUCUCGAGCUCACUUUGCUGCUGAGAUGGAUUUGCAUUCGACGCGGGAAAGGUCGAUUGGCAGUCGGUAUAUCCGGCGCGCAGCCGCAGCGCAGCCAGGUGGCGAAUGCGAGCAGGCAGCCUUCUCGUUGAAUCCAAAUGGCAAGACAACACCGAUGCAGCUCCGCCAAGGCUAUGCUGGUCAAGGCCCGCGCUCGAGCCCACUCCAAGAUCACGCGCCACUUUAG